AUGACUACCCCGCUUGAUUUGCCCCCAAACAUAAUGGCAGACUUCUUCGGUCGCUCCGUGAAAGAGGUAUCGAAGACCGUGGGACCCGAAAAUGUGAACGUCAUUACCCAGGCAGAGCAUCUCAAGGACGAAACCUACCUUGAGCAGCCAUUCACCCAUGGCUCUCGUUAUAUCCUGAAUCAGGAUUACCUGGUAGCUUCCGCCGUCGUCUUUCUACGCUCUGUGCCAGAAAUCCAAGCCUAG